UGCAGUAGUGUGGUAUGUUGUAAUCCCGGUCACACGGUCCCUGUAAGGCUGCUGUGAUAUUACAUAUUUAACGAUAUACCCCUUGUCUCCUGAUCUGCAGGGAGCAAUGGCGUGCGGGCGAUGGAGGGCGUACCUGGUGGUGUUGGGAGGUCUCAUGGUUCAUCUCACCCUGGGCACCGUGUAUUCCUUCGGUAACUUGACACCGUACUUGACGUCAUACUUACGUAACAACACAUCCAACCUCGACUAUGGGACUACGGCGACAGUGUGUGGAUCUACGCCUGCUGCCUGAUGGGACAAGGAGCAGCCAUCUUUCUUGGAGGAAUCAUCAGCCGAACCCUGGGCUUGAAACUCACAGUGCUGUUGGGGUCCUGGUUCAUGAGUGCUGGCGUGAUAUUGACGUACUUUACGGUGCAACAUUCCUACAUCGCAAUCAUUUUCACGUACGGCGUCAUGAACGGAAUUGGAUGCGGUGUCGCCUAUUCGCUACCAGUGGGAUGUGCCAUGAAGUGGAUGCCAGAACGGAAGGGUCUAGCUGGGGGUCUGGUGGUGGCAGGAUUCGGAGGAGGAGCCUUCAUCUUUAACCUGAUCCAGACAGCCUUCAUCAACCCAGACAAUCUGUCACCGGAUGUCACCGUCAACGGCGAACACUACUUCAGUCAGCCGGAGCUGCUACAGAGGGUACCCUGGGUGUUCGUGCUGACAGGGGGAAUAUACGCCACCAUGCAGCUGGUGGGCGUCCUCCUCAUCGCUGACCCCCCGACACAGGAGGAAGUCAAGACUAUAUCUGAACCUGAACUCUCCAACAGCAAAGCCAUCGACAGGAGCGACACCACAGCCAACAACAACAGCGAUGAUGGAGACGUCACGUGUGUGGACCCAAAAGAAGGAAGUGGUGUCGAUGACAGUAUGAGUCCCUUGCAGAUGUUAAAGACUCGGUCGUUCUACACACUAUGGGUGUGUUUCCUGCUGAACGGUCAGGGUGUGGUCUUCUUGGCGGGACUCUACAAGGAUUACGGGCAAACAUUCAUCCAAAAUGAUGUGUUCCUGGCAGUGUCUGGAGCCUUCGCGGCUGUCUUCAACUUCUCAGGACGGAUGUUCUGGGGAUUCCUUGCAGACCGGUAUUCAUUCAAGACAGCCAUGAUGUGUUUGUGCACGUCAUUCUCCUGCCUGAUCAUCACAUUCAACGCCACUCGUCUGGGCAAGGAGCCUCUGUACUUCAUCUAUGUGUGUCUCCUGUUCGGCACCCUGUCGGGGAACUAUGCGCUCUUCUCCGUCGCUGCGGCCAGAUCGUUCGGGGAGAAGCAUUACCCCAUCAAUUAUGGUCUGUUGUUCACAUCUCAGACCAUCACAGCACCACUGGGGGCAGUCUUGGCGUCUCAGCUCAAGACACAGAUUGGCUGGUUUGGAAUGUUUAGCAUGAUUGCAGGCUUUUCCUUCUUGAGUUUGCUCCUCAUAACAACGUUCAGUGUGAAGAACAGUAAAGACCAACAGACCUAGUGACCUGCUGGACAUUACAUAACACUCGGACAACGUUACUAGUUGGAAUUAGCCCGUUUCCUCGGAUCCCGUAUAUUCGGAAACCCCACCUUCCGGGCGAUUUUUAGGUGAAACGAAACUUGCCGUCAGUAAUUGUACUCGCUUAGCCGCGCUUCCGGACCCGGACGGGGAGUUUUCAAACCAUUCCCACAGAUUUCCGUUGAAAACUGAUCCUGUUAUCCGGACGGAUUCAUUUUCCAUCUCUCUCGGCAGGCGUUUGAUGUGAAUUGAUUAAUUACCCAUCAAAAUGCUAUGGACGCGUGUCACUUCAGUCGUUAAUUAGGAUUUGGCAGGUGUGAGAACAUCUCAUCAGUUACGAAAACACAUGUUAAUUAGGAUUAGGAUUAACUACAUUGUAAUUGUAUCAUACAUGAAUAAAUUUUCAAUAUACAUCUUCAAUACAUUUUGCUUGUUUGAUCCAGUUAACCGGGCGUUAUCCGGGCGAUUUCCGAGUGUAUCCAAAAUGUCCGGAUAAACGGGGUUCGGCUCUAUAUCUUCUCCUACCCUUGGCAAUGCGUCAGUCGAGACAUGUGAUCAGCGUGAUGUCUGUCCGUCGAGUACCAUCUGACUGAGUACCUUGGUAGUAAGAUAGACAAUAUGAUCCUUUUGAUAAAUCGAGAUGUGUGAUAUUCUGCAUUUACUACGACAUUA